AUGAGCAUUUUGGACAUUUUCACGGUCCCUUCGACCGACUACAAUCUGCUGGGCUAUCGCAUGGUGCCCUACCACAAAUUGAGCAGCAGCAUCACGCCCAUGAAGUUCUCGGUGCAACAAUUGGAGGAUUACACGGAUUUGAAUCGCAGUUUUUUCGUCAUCGACCUGCGGUUGUCCACGGCGGGCGCCAAUGGCAUCGUGGCCGAUGCCAAUUCGGCGUCAGAUGCCAACAACACCAAGUUUACGUACGCCGUCAACAACCUGGCCCACACUAUCUUCAAGCAGAUCAACGUGCGUUUCAAUGGUACCCUGAUGACCGAACAGACCGACACCUACGCCUACUCGGCCUAUCUGCAGACCCUGCUCAAUUACAGCCAGGACGAUGGAGAGAGUUUGCUGGCCCCUCAGGGCUGGGUCAAUUUCUUGAACGUGGCACCCACGUUGACCAGUGGCGGGGGAGACGACAUUAGCACGCUGGCGGGGUACCUACACAAUAAUGAUAACCUGCUCAAGACCCUGACCACCCCUUUCCGGGGCAACAACGUGGUCCGCUUGAUCAUGCGGCCUUACCUGCCCGUGUUCCACACGGGCAAGAUCAUGGUGCCCGGGGUGGAAAUGAAUUUUGAGUUGCACUUUAACAGUCCCGAUUUCUACACCUGGGCGACCAUCAACGAUGGCACGAAGCAGUACGUUCGGUUGCGAGAACAAGAUGUGGACAUCACUUUUCACCUGUGUCGACUGAAUCUCAACCCGGAUGUCUAUGCGUCCCUGGAAGGUGAGCGCAAGCUCAAAGAAGAGGUGGCCAAGUACCCGGUGGUGAGGGAUCAGAUUCGCACUUUCACCUUCAACGGGGCCACCACCACGUGGAUGGAAGAUAACUUAUUCCUGGGCAGGGUGCCUCAACGCAUGAUCGUGGGCAUCUUGGACAGCACGGCCUUCAAUGGUACCAAGGAGAAGUACCCGUUUUCUUUCCAGAGCAAAGGGGUGACGUCCGUGCGACAGUUUAUCGAGGGAGAAGAGUACCCGUACGUCACUCUGGAAUUCGCCGGCAAUAAUACCCUAAAAGAUUUGCAAGGCUAUCGCCGCUUCUUGGACGCCGCUGGGGCCGUGGGCAAGCAUCGCGAGUUCAUGGUCAAACCGGGUGAUUGGGGUCACAACAAGAAUUGCACCCUGUUCAUGUGGAACAACGUGCCCAGCGGGGACACGGAUGGACCCAAACUCAAUCCCAAGCAGACCGGCAACGUGCGCCUGGAGAUCAAGUUCAGAGCUGCCAUCGGCGCCAACGUCACCAUCUUGGUGUGGGGGGAAUUUGAAAGUAUUAUCUACAUCGAUCACCUGGGAGCCGUGCAGUAUGAUACCACCGUGUAA